AUGUCAGAGACCUCUCAAAAGUGGAAAGUGCGACAUGUUAGGCGGUCCUACCUUGCUUUUAUGGGAGCUAAAGACCGAGGGUGCACCACAUUGGAAACGGCAACAGAACCGGGGAAGAACUUCAAUUUCCAAGAUGUUGUAGCACAUCCAAUUUCUGUGAAGAAGGACAAGGCGUGCAUCUGGCAAGAUGAUUCCACACUCGGAUUUGCUCUUUUAGCAUCGCCAUCAGCCUACCCGGAUAAUGAGACCAAAACACGGUUCGCAGAUGUGUCGCUGCUUCAAGCACAGCAACAGAGGAUGGAAAAGAUGCUGCUUUGUUUGCAAUAUAUCUGUUCACAUUAG